UUUUUUCUUUUUUUUUUUAAUGAUAAUUACAUUAAUUUAAUAUUACUAUUACACAAAAUUUUGUAAUGAUUAUCUAUUUCCUUUUCCUUUACUAUUUUUUUAAAAAUUCGCGCCUUUCUGUCUUCAUGAUGGAGAACUUUAAUCUAAUUUUUUAAUUUUGAGGUUAGGUGACCAAAUGAUGAAUAACGUAUGAAUAUUUUUUAUCAAAAAAGUAAUGAGUUCAAAGAGUUUUUACAAAUUUAUUUAAACGAAUGAAAGUUGAUAAAACAUAAUAAUUUAUUCAAAUUUUUUAAUCGCUUUUUAAUAUGCCAGUGUUAAAACAUGAUAUUGAACUUCCAACUUCAGUUCCUGAAUUAUUAUUGGAAAAACAUGCAAACUUUUUACUUUCUUAUGGCACUGAUAAGGAUGAAUAUAUGUAUUGUAUGACAGAGCAUAUGAGAAUGUCUGGAAUGUAUUGGGGUUUAACUGCAUUGGAUCUUAUGGGUAAAUUGGAACAAACAAAUCGAAAUGAAGUAUUGGAAUUUAUUGCUCAGUGUCAAACAGAAAGUGGUGGUAUAGCUGCUAGUUUACAACACGACCCGCAUAUUCUUUAUACUUUGAGUGCAGUUCAAAUAUUAUGUAUAUAUGAUGCAUUGGACACUAUUGAUAUAGAAAAAGUUAUAAAAUAUGUAAAAGAAAGACAACAACCAGAUGGAAGUUUUACUGGUGACAUUUGGGGUGAAAUUGAUAUGAGAUUUUCUUUUUGUGCUGUGGCAACGUUAUCUCUUUUGAAUCGAUUAGAUGCAAUAGAUAUUAACAAGGCAGUUGAAUUUGUAAUGAAAUGUAUGAAUUUUGAUGGUGGUUUUGGAUCAAAGCCUGGAGCUGAAAGCCAUGCUGGUAUGAUUUACUGCUCCAUAGGACUUUUAUCAAUAACUGGUAAUCUUCAUUUAAUAGAUGCAGAUCAAUUAAGUUGGUGGCUUUGUGAAAGACAACUUCCAUCUGGAGGUUUAAAUGGUAGGCCAGAAAAGUUGCCUGAUGUUUGCUAUUCUUGGUGGGUUCUUUCUGCGCUUACAAUUUUAGGACGUCUUCAUUGGGUUAAUAAAGAACAAUUGGUAAAGUUUGUAUUAGCAUGUCAAGAUACGGAAUCAGGAGGAUUUAGUGAUCGUCCAGGCGAUAUUGCUGACCCUUUUCAUACUCUUUUUGGCUUAACUGCGCUUUCCCUUUUAAAUACUGAUUAUCCUUUAAAAAAAAUUAACCCAACAUACUGCAUGCCUGAAUAUGUAAUUCAAAGGUUACAUUUAAAACCUUCAAGGCUCGACCAAAGUAAUUGACGUUUAAUUAUAGAAAAUUUUUUAUUACAUUUAAAUAUUUAUGAAAUACUAUGACAAAAGUAUAAUAUUAAUCUUUUAUAUGAAUUAGUUUCAUUUAUUAUUUUAUUUAAAGAAUUCAAUAUUUUUUAUUUAAUUUUUAAUUUAAUUUUAUUUUUUAUUUACUGAUAUAUUAUAAAAUAAUAAAUAAUAUUAUGUAAUACUUUAAAUAAAAAAAUAAUUUAUUAAUACACAUUAUUUAAUAUAACUAAAACAUAUUGUUAAAUUAAUAAAAUUAAUAAAAAUUUUAUCAUUACUUUUAUCUCAACUUGAAUAUAAUAUAUUACAUUUGUAAUAAAACUUAAAUAUAGUAUGUUACAUCAUGUUACAUUAUAUAAUUAAUUAAUAUUAUGAAAUUUUUGAAAAUUUUAAAUUGUAAUUUAUAUUAUUAUUAAUUUUAUUAUAUUAUUAUUAUUUUUAAUUUGAAUGAAAUAAAAUAAAUAAAAAAUAAAAAUUUAUUUCAAAAAAAAA